UGGAAAAUGAAUGUCAGUGUCGAUCAAGAGACAGACUAUGCUGAACUGGUCCUAUCCCCAGGAGAAGUCACACUUGGAGAGAAGAAUAGGAAGUUGAUGAAGAAUUGUGACCUGAGAAGAAGUGAGGCCAAAAAUAUCUCACUGGCUGUGUGUGCUCUGCUGAAUUCUGGAGGGGGCGUGGUCAAGGCUCCCAUUAAAAAUCAAAACUACAGCUUCACCAGAGAUGGGAUAGGACUGGACUUGGAAGAUGCUUUACGUGGUAUCCUGCCAUUAAUUCAUCAACACCUAGACUUCAUGCAGUACAGAUGCUACUUUUUCAUUUUUGUGAAAGCAUGGACACGGAAUAACUUACUUCAGCGUAUCACCACCAAGAAAACUAAUUUCUACAAGAGAAAACUGUCAUUUUCAGUUGAACUGAAAGCACCUGAAGCAGUGCAGGUCCUCAGAGCCGUGAAGCACUCUCAAGAGACAGCAGGGUCCAGACAAAGUUCCUGUAAUGAAGUACCAAAUGAAUGUGUUGACUUAUUUAACAGGGCAUGCUUGUCCUAUGAGGAGACAUUCUGUUUUGCCGAAUCCACACAUGCUGAAGUUAAAUUGUCCCCCAAAGCAAAGAUUUUAGAGAUCCUCCCUAAAACUAUCUCUGCAUUUGCAAACGCAGAUGGGGGAUAUUUGUUCAUUGGUUUAGAUGGGAAGAAACAGCAAAUAAUUGGUUUUGAGGCAGAAAAGAGCGAUCUUGUGCAUCUAGAGAGUGAAAUAGAACAGUGCAUCCGGCAACUGCCUGUCACUCACUUCUGUGAGGAGAAGGAGAACAUAAAGUACACGUGCAGAUUCAUCGAAGUGCACAGACCAGGAGCUGUGUGUUCAUAUGUCUGUGCGCUGAGAGUGGAGAGAUUCUGCUGUGCAGUGUUCGCUGCAGAGCCUGAGUCCUGGCACGUGGAAGACGGCUGCGUGAAGAGGUUUACUGCGGAGGAAUGGAUCAAGCUCCAGAUGGAUCCCACUGCAGGUUUUAUUAAUCGAGGUGAUAAAUGGACUCUUCGGGCAAGCAUCCCACCACACAUUCCCUGCACUCAGUUUUUCUGUGACAAUCCAGAUGCUACGAGGUGGAGUGCUCAGAUUCCAGUGGGGUCUGGAACGAUGAUAUGCUCCCCAGCAGCCCUGUGCACACAAAGGUUCUCACAACAGCGAAGAUGUGAGCAGUUACUCCAGACAGAGUGGGGCUCACUUCCUCAGGGAAGGCUGCUCAUCCAUGAAAGCUGGGUUUUGGAUGUGGGCCUGCAGGAGAAGCAGGAAGUCAUCAUCUCGGGUGUGCUUCAUAUUUCCCAGGAUGGUCUCCUGACCCUGCACAGCUUUGUCCGUGGAGAUGAGGAGCUAGAAGAUGACAGCCCUGUUCUGAGGGAACUAGGCUCCAAGUUAAAGGACUGUUGUAAACAUACUGCACUAACAUUAAAGCAGAGGCUGAUAAAUCUUGGUGGUUACACCGGGAAAAUAGGCAUCGUGAUCAAGAUAACAUACUCGGGUCGUAAGGAAGCGUCCUUAUAUGAUUCAAGCUCACAAAUACAUUACCCCAUAAGGUAUUAUCCAACAAACGAGACAGCAAUGGAUUUAGAGAAAGCUGUUGCUAACAUUUAUUGUAGUCGUGUGUCCCCCUAG